ACCCAACAACCCUUCACUGUAAAGAAGACAUUUAAAAAAAAAUCGAAGCAUGAGCCGAAGCCCUAAACGACUGCGUUCUACUUCUAUCACUUAUUCGGGGGGAAAAGGUAAAAAGCACAGGGUUAAGACCUUUCCCGCCAAAUCAUCCACCCCCAAAACCCCCACACACACACCACCGUAAGCUAGUGAGGAGUGAAAUUUGAUCCGAUUUCUGCAAAAUCGGAGAUGCUAAUACAGGUGAAGUGCAGUUGCGGAGAGAGGCAAUGCCCUGAAUGGGCGAUUGUGGAGCUUCAGGGCUCCGUCGAAGCCCAGCCCUCAUUCCAACACCGCAUCCAAAACCUCCAAAUCGGCCUUCUCUGCCGCCCUUCUUCCGAGGAAAGUUACACACUUGUAGUGGGGUACCACGAGCUGACCGGAUCAAAACAGAGUUUGAAAAAGCCUAUUUUAGUGUUGAAGAAGAUCGAGGUUGGGGAUGAUUCAGAUCCAGAUCCAGAUCCAGAUUCGGAUUCAAAAAGGGUGGAACUAGACGUAAUUGGAAUUAUUCGCCACAAGAUUUUGUUCAAAACCAGGCCUAAAGCCCUUAUAUCAUCUAGACCUCAACCGGCUGCCAAAGGAAAAACCAGUGCCCCUGCUUCUUCUGUGCUGAACUAAUCCGGAAUCGAGCUAUGGUAGCAACAAGCCUAAUGGAUUUGAAAUGUCCAAUGUUACUGGUAAAGACCUGCUGUAUAAGUUUGAAUUGUAAUGCCCAGUUAUAUUUUAUAGCUAAAUUGAACUUCUUA